CACCAAAGAGUCGUGAAUUAAAGUCAACCUAAUCUCCACACUUAAGCUAAUAAGAAUAUCCCAUGAAAUGAUCCAAAUCCAAUCCAUUGUACUUGUGCAUACACAUACAUGCAUGCUCAUUAUCCAUUAAGGAGUAAGGAGGACAACGGCAAGGACACUUGCCUUGCCUCAUUGAAAACCUUAAUCUACGUCACCACUUGCACACCAAAACGCAUAGAAUUACUUUAAUCAUAUUUAAUCAUACCUCCUAAACCUAACCUAAUCUAAUCUUAUCUUAGCUUAGAGCUAAGCUAAGCUAAACUAAGUAACCGCCGGCCAAACUAGUAACAUUGCAAUUUGCACCCUCCUUUUGCCACGUGGAAGCCUCACAUGACUUGUAGAGAGACGGCGGCCGCCCAUUGGUCCAAAAGCCGAAAGGCUGGAGAAAGGUUUUAGCCCAACUUAAAAGCCAAACUCAUACCAAAGCAAACCCCACACUCUUCUCGCCACACCCCCCCUUCUUUUUCUCUGCCUCUCUCUCUGGCUUCUCUGCUUUCCCUGCCCUCUGCAUAUACAUAUAUAAUUCAGCUCCUCCCACCAAACAAAAACAACACAUACCAUUUUACCUAACCUGUAAAAUCUUCCCAAUGGACUGGACCAGGGGACCAACCAUUGGCCAUGGCUCCUCUGCCACCGUCUCCAUUGCCAAGUCUCAUGGCUCCGGUGAGGUUUUCGCAGUCAAGUCAGCCAAGCUCUCACAGUCACACUCCCUUCAGAUGGAGCAAACAAUUCUGUCUACAUUAAGCUCUGCCCAAAUAGUAUCAUACAAAGGCUGCAACACCUCCACCGAGAACGGCACCGUCUUCUACAAUAUCUUCCUCGAAUACGCACCCGGAGGCACACUCUCCGACGCAAUUCGAAGGCAAGGCGGGUGUCUAAACGAGGCCGCGAUCAGAUCCUACACGAGGCAAAUUCUACUUGGGCUGCACCACCUUCACUCUAAUCAAAUUGCUCAUUGCGACAUUAAGGGUCAGAAUGUUUUGGUCACAAAUAAUGGGGCGGAAGUGAAGCUCGCUGACUUGGGUUGCGCCAAGCGCGUAAAUUUUGCUCAUGGGUUGCCAAUUGGGGGGACACCGGUGUACAUGGCGCCGGAGGUGGCGCGCGGAGAGCAACAGGGACUUGCCGCCGAUGUGUGGGCUCUGGGAUGCACGGUGAUCGAGAUGGCCACCGGGCGGGCUCCGUGGCCUUGUGUUUCCGACCCUGUAUCGGCCAUGUACCGAAUCGGGUUUUCCGGUGAAGUGCCGGAGAUACCAAGCUCUCUGUCGAAGCAGGGCAGAGACUUUGUCACCAAGUGUUUGAUGAGGGACCCAAUGGAAAGGUGGUCCGCUGGUGAGCUUCUCAAGCAUGAAUUUUUAUUUGAGGCACCCAAUUAUUGGCUCAGUCCCACAACUGUGUUAGAUCAUGGUUUGUGGGAGGAGGAGUUUGAUUUGGAUUUGGAACACAUUUGGGAACCGACCCAUCAAAGUGGUUGCCCAAACUCAGCUAGGGGAAGGAUUCGACAGUUGAGUGAAGGCAAAGCGGUGUCGUUUUCAGGAGUGACCAAUUGGGCUUGUGAUGAUGAAGAUUUUUGGGUCACAGUGAGAAGCAAUGACAUUGAACAUCCAAGUACGACGCUCCAUUGGAACGAAUAUAAAGCCGGUGAUAUUUGUGACGACGAGCCUCAGCCAACAAAAACAAAUGCAAAAACUACUAGUGGUGGUGGGUUGGGUUUAGACGCUAGUGAGGCAGCUAGCUUUAGCAGUAGACAUAGGAAGAAGAGCAGGGCUUGGACAGCCUCCAAAUGUAACCAAUAUGUCUUUUGUGGAAAUCUGAAUUUUGUAAACAGGGAAUUAAGGUUGUUUAUUGAUCAGCUCCUUAUAAUUAUACACUGUUUUCCUUCUCUUAUUCUUUCACACACACAGCCUAGGCAUGGCCCAUCAUACUUUCAUUUCGUAAUGUUGUCUGUUUUGAAAAAAGGUUAG